AUGCCAGUUGGAAAGGUGGAGCGCCAACUUUCGGAGGGGAAGGUACCAGCAGUGACAUUCACCUUUGUGAAUGUUGGAAAAAAGGGUAUCAAUGAGGAUUGCGUACAACAACCUCGAAACACAGAGUUCAUGAUGGCUUGGCUUCCAACGUUUGCCGUGGACCCUCCCACAGAGCUGGAGGCUAAGGAGGCGUUGUACUAUGUCGGGGAAGUUCAUUGCCUUGCUGAAUCCAAGGACUUGGAGGAUUGGGCUUUAGAAGAGUCCCGUCUACACAGACUGAUGGCAGCAAAAGUGUUGGCCAACUUUUCCCGGACACCAACAGCAAGGAAACCCGGGAGCAACAUGCAGAAACUCAAGAGCCUCCUUUCGCUGAUCUUCAAGGACUCGGAGAAGUCAAUCACGGAAUGGGGGAAGCAUUGCCACCUGCAUGCACGCAGGAAGCAGGUAUUGCAAGAAAGACAAAAUCAAUCCGAAGAAGAAGCCCAAAAAUCAAAAGACAAAGAAGAAGAUGAGGAGCAAGAGGUCCUAGUAGAAGAAGAAGAAGAGGAAGAGAGUGUGACCGAUGAUGAAGUGAUGGAGGUUCCAAAGAAAGCAGAGGAUUCGAAGGAGGCUGAAGAGGAGCGAAAGAAAGCAGAGGAUGCCAAGAAGGCAGAGGAGGAAAGACAGAAAGCAGAAGACGCGAAGAAGGCAGCUGAGGCUGAAGAAGAGCGAAAGAAAGCAGAGGAUGCCAAGAAGGCAGAGGAGGAAAGACAGAAAGCAGAAGACGCGAAGAAGGCAGCUGAGGCUGAGGAGAACAGAAAGAAGGCAGAGGAUGCAAAGAAGGCAAAGGAGGAGAGAAAGAAGGCAGAGGAUGCGAAGAAGGCAGCAGAGGCUGAAGAGGAGCGAAAGAAAGCAGAGGAUGCCAAGAAGGCAGAGGAGGAAAGACAGAAAGCAGAAGACGCGAAGAAGGCAGCUGAGGCUGAAGAAGAGCGAAAGAAAGCAGAGGAUGCCAAGAAGGCAGAGGAGGAAAGACAGAAAGCAGAAGACGCGAAGAAGGCAGCUGAGGCUGAGGAGAACAGAGAGAAGGCAGAGGAUGCAAAGAAGGCCAAAGAGGAGAGAAAGAAGGCAAAGGAUGCGAAGAAGACAGCAGAGGCUGAAGAGGAGCGAAAGAAAGCAGAGGAUGCCAAGAAGGCACAGGAGGAAAGACAGGAAGCUGAAGAUGCGAAGAAGAUAGCAGAGGCUGAAGAGGAGAAAAAGAAGGCAAAGGAUGCAAAGAAGGCUGAAGAGGAGAGGAUUCACCGAAAGAAGGGGCAGGAGGAAACGGCCAAGGAAUGGGAACGAAAAAAGAAAGCCGUUGAGGAUGAUGGUGGGGCAAUGGCAGUGGCAACUGGGUUGACUUUUCAGCUCUACGACGCCCUGAAAAUGCUCGGUGACUCCCCUGAACACCAACAGUUUAAGUCUGAAGUACUUUGCUUUUUGUCUGGCCAGAAGGAGGCUGAAAGACCAAACACAGAGGAUCUGGAGGCAAACAGCGACGAUGACACACAUGGACAGGGUGCAAAAGGAACCUACAAGGACACAAUGGCCUUGAAUCCUGAGCUCCCGAAACUUCCUGAAGAUCUUCGAGAUAGCGCAGACAGUCCCAAGACAGAAAGAGCUUCUCAACUUCUUCAGGAUCAAAGGGAAAUCAGAGCAAAAAGGAAAGCACAGCUGCAAGCGAAGGAAGCUGAACCGAAGAAAAGAGGAAGGCCACCAAAGACUGAGAAAGGGAAAGAGGAAAGCAAAGAGGAAAGCAAAGAGGACAAGAAGGAGGAAGAGCAAGAUGAACUUUCCAUGGAAAAUGCGCUGGACAAGGAUGAUCAAGAGCUCAGAGUUGAAAGAGCACUCGAAGAUGAUGACAAUGAUGCAAAACCUCGCCGCCGAAGCACCACCAAAGGAAGCGGAAGAGGAGGAAAGAAGCGCAAAGGGCCUGAUGGAAAGACAAAAGGCAAAGAACCUGGACCUGAGAAUGAGCAAGAGGCGACAGAAGGCAAGACAGAGGAGAAGCCUGGAUCUGCAAAAGGGGCGGAGGAGACGACUAAGAAACCUGACAAGGAUCCGGAUGAGACGCCUCCACCAAACAAGCGUGGUCGAGAGGACUGGUGA